CUUCCUUUCUCAGUUGCGAGAUUUAUCUGAGACACUAAGACAGGCGGAGUUCAGUUAGUGGUCGUUUAUCUAGUCAGUCGUGGAAGUCAUUAUUCAAGGAAGGUUAUAUAGCCAAGAAUCGUCUGAUAUCACCCAAACCCAAGAAAAUGGCAAGAUUGAAAAAAUCUAAUGCUGAUGCAUCAAACCUUCCAGUUACAAGGUCACAAACAUCGCUGACGAGGGCUCCUAAUGCAGUCACUAAAGCUCCAGCUCAGCCGCAAUCAAAAUCGUCGACUUUUCGUGAUUCUGCAGGCAAAAAACGUUACAGGCCAGGAGCGAGAGCUCUCAAAGAGAUACGCCACUAUCAACGAGGAACAGGAUUAUUGAUUCCGAGAUCACCUUUUGCACGAAUCAUCAGACAAAUCAGCGAAGAAUUGGCGGGGCACUCCACCCUUCGUUUCACGGCUGAAGCUCUGGAAUGCUUACAAGUGGCGGCCGAAGCUGUGAUUGUUCAAUUAUUCCAAGACUCUGUGCUGACGAUGCUCAACGCCAAACGACUGACUCUGAUGGUGAGGGACAUGCAAGUAGUUAGACGUAUUCAAGCAUGCUUUUAAAGCUAUCCAAACGUCUUCAGCACGAAAUUUGGAAUCGUUCUCAACGACUUGACUCUUCUCCAGAAAAUGACGUGGAAUUGACACUGAAAAUUUUAAAUCAUUUGCCAACUUUUUUUUUUUUUUUAAACAUUUGUUAAUGUAUUUGCUUGUUUGAAAUUUUACAUUUUGAGGGAGAGAGAGAGAAAAAAAUUGUGUUACUGACCCAAAUGGAACAAAAUAAAAUUGGAAUUUCUUUUUUUUUGAAGUUCUGCAAAAUUUGCUUUUCCGAUAAUUCAUUUAAAGUUAACAUCACCUGAUGGUGUGUAUAUGCAAUGAGAAGAAAUUCGAUUGACCCAGCAGCAUCCUCUUAUUCACUUGACCAUUUAGAUGGAGAUAUAAAAGCGCCGAGUUUGUAAUGCAAAAAUGGAUUUAUUUUUUUUUUUUUUUUUCGAAUACAAAAAAAUAAAUAAAAUAAA